CCCAAUAUUAUUCCUAGAGUUUGCAUUUACAAAAAUAUGACCAAAUCUGACAUUCACAAAAUUGUGCUCAGUCUCUAUCGCCCGCACACCGCAUCGCUACCUUAGCUUCAGCAUCAUCUUCAUCGCACAUACGCUGAUACGCAUCCCCAUAGCCGCCAGUCACCUCUGCGGUGCCCCUCCCGCCAAACGUCUCUGGAUCGUCGUUCUCUUGUGGUCGUUUCUACGUCGGCACCUCCUCCGGUCGUCUCUGCAUCGCCGCCACCUCUGGUCGUCUCUGCAUCGCCUCCUCCGGUUGUCUCUACGUCACCAUCGCUGCUUUAUGUUCUCACAGUGGCUUUGCAUCAUCAUCGACGCCUUAACUUCUGCGAUUGGAUCCGACUAUGGCGAUGUGCGAUGUGCGAAUCUGACUAUGGUGAUGUGCGAAUCUCACUAUGGCGAUGUGCGACGACUGUGAUCAGGGUUUGCCGAGGACGAAGACAACUAUGCUGCCCCUCUUUGACUCUGUCUCUGCUCGCCUAUCAUCAUCAUCUUCUUUGUUUAUUUUGUACCACAUUUGGAUCUCCCAGAUCUGGCCUCUUCUUCGUGCAGCCAUGCAGUGAUGAAUUGACGGGGUGGGGGUGGUGAGGGUGGGGUAGUGGAAGAGGCUAAGGUUGGGAGAGAACUGAAUCUGAUUGUAGCUGGUGGUGGCUGGGGAGAGAUCUGAAUCUGGUUGUGGCUGGUGGUUACUCGAUGAAGCGGUGGUCAUCAAACGGCUUGGGGGGGGGGGGGUGUCACUGUGAUGAGGUGGGUGGACUGUGGCUGAUCUGAUAGGCAAUGGUGGGGCUGCAACGACAAUCACGGGAUGAGGCAGCGGCAGUCGAUGGGGUGGGGGCAGUCACUGGACGGGGUCACUGAUUGGUGGGCGGAUGGUCGCUUUGGCCAGGAGGCGGCGAAAGUCUCUACGGGGCGGAGUCACUGUGGCGGUGCAGUCAUUGACUAGGCGGAGUCACUGUGGCGGCGCAGUCACUGGCGGGGCGUAGUCACUGUGGCGGCGAAGUCACUGUAGCGGCGUAGUCACUAUGGCGGCGGAGUUACUUUGGCCAGAGUCACUGUGGCUGCGGGGCAUUCACUGUGGCGGCGGGGCAGUCAUUGUGGUCGGUGGGGCAGUCACUGUGGUCAGUGGGGUCACUUUGGCCGGAGUCACUUUACCCGACGUCACUUUACACUGCAACGUUAAUUGUGAUGUUGGUCAAAUUUUUGGAAUUUUAAAAAACAGAUCACUUUUUUUUAUCUUUUAUCCUACUUUUAGUAAUAUAUAUUGGAAUAAAAAGGCCAAAAAAACGACCGUCGUUUCGAAUAAAAAAAAUGACGGCCACGUCAGUCUUCGCCUCCCAUUGGAUAACGGUUGCCAGGUCAGCUUCGGCACCAAGAACAAUCCCCACCCCUGCUCUUCCCUUCUCUAGAUUUCAAUUUUUCUCUCAUCCCAUUUCGCUGCAAAUUCAAUAUUAUCCUACGCGUUUCGAAUUACCAUUUCUAUACCCUUGUUCCUCGAAUACUUUAUAUUGUCAAUUUUGCUCCCGGUAUGAUGGCUCCUAGGGGGAUUCGAUCGGUGAGCUUCGCGGCUAUCUGCCUCGUUCUGAUCGCGGUUCCUUUUCCGUCAUCGGAAGGAUUGAUCUCUGCUCAUAGUGCUAACCGUCCUUAUCCCAAAGUCAUACAUGUAAGCUUUUCAGUUUUCCACUUCCCAUUCUUUAUCUUCUUCUCGUUAUGGUUUUGACAUCUUGCAUCUACAAGGUAUAAGCUUUUGUUAUGUUUCUCCUAAAUGUGAAAUUUUCUUCGGGUUGGUAUACUUGCUUUUGGAAUCUGUAAUGAAGCGCCCGGGCAUAGCUCAACUUGUAAUUGACUUCAACCUGCCAGAUGGUUGGUUGUCCUCAGAAUUUAAGAGAACUUGCAACUUAGGGAUUUGAAGGAAGCAAUUGUGAAGGGGUUAGGAUUCAAGGAGGAGGAUUUCGAGAUAUCUGGUUUUGACUGGAGAGACGUUUUGGUUGGAAGAUCGGUGGCUUAUGAGUUUGAUGUUGAGAUUGAUGAUAAAGUUCUUCCCUUGAAGCUUCUGGAGGAUGUGAAUAGAUGGGAAUAUGUGGAUUUGCCCAUUUUCCGGGUACAGAAUCCGGCAGAGGAAAACGGGCUGGUUGAGAAGAACAAGUUAGAGAAGCAGACGCCUGUGUUAGCUCCUUUCACUCUUGCAGGCCCAAUGGAACUCUGGGUCCAGGAUGCUAAGAACAUGAGGCUUUCGCUGCCUUUACAAGGUAUCUUGAUGACCUGUUACUUGCCUUGCUGAUUGGGUUUUUGGGUUCUGAAAAAUUUAUGCAGCAUGAUGUGGAUGCUGGUACGGUGAAGAAAGUUGUGUUAGCAGAUGGUGCUAUGGUCACCGUUAAGGGUGCCAGAUCUGUUAGUCUCCGCCACCCAGUCAUGCUUCCGCUUCCAUUUAACAGAUCCCAUAACGGCUUUGCUUCCGGUCUGUUAACUCUGGCAGAUCACCUGCGCCGAGUCAUUAGCAUGAAAGGUGGUCCGAUACUAUCUCUUCGCAUUGUGGGGCCAACUUCUCUCACGUCACCUACUCCAUCAUCCUCUUCAUCAAACAGGCUUAAACUUAAGCGUCUUGCACCCGGCCUGGUGGAGCUAUCAUCUGUGCCUAAAAUCAAAGCGAUCUCCGCCACAGUUGAUCUCCAGGGAGAGGCCACAACUGCCCUCCUAACACCCACCCGAUUCACUACCAUGUGGCCAUUGGUCUCCAUCAAUGGCUCCAACCCUCACUUGAUUGGUUUUGAGUCAUUGCUUUCUUCUGUGCUGGGUCCCAAGGCAAAUGCAAAGGGUUCUUUUAAGUUGCUAAAGGCAGACAUAUCGGCUCAGACGUUCGUGAAGAUGGGUUUCGCGUUGGAGAAGAAGUUGAAGGUGGGGGAUGCGUUUGGUUUAGAGAGUUUCCCGAAGUGGAUGACGAGGCCGGAGACAGUGAGGAUGCAUUUUGAAGUGUUGGCUAAGGUGGACGGAGACAAGGUCGUGCCGGAGAGAGUGGUACAGGUUGAGCCUGUAAGUCUUGAUAACACUGUUGCACCAAAUAUGCUUUCAGGCAAUGUGACCAUGUCUACCACCCCCAUUGUCCAUCCACCACAAAUCCCAUUCACAUUAUGAAUAAUGAAUAAAUACCUGGCUCAGUUUAAGCUGAAAUUCCACUACACCCAUUGGGUGUCACACACGCCGUUUACUGUUACGAUUGUAUAGAUAGAUAAAAUCUUGUUUUUUUGCAUGCCCUCAUUCACAAUCUCGCACAAACUUACGGUUUAUCUCCAUCAUAUAUACAACAGACCUUUGUAAUGUGUAUAUUAUUCUAAAUCUGACAGAUAAACUUGUUUUUACUUAAUGAUGACCCAUUUUGUUUAACGCAAAUGGUGGCAAAGUUGUAAAA